AUGAAACGUGCAAUAGCCUUACACAGGGAUGCCCAGAAGCGGGCUCGAAGGGAGGAACCCAGUGUGCCAUGUGGCGCUUCUCAGAAGCCAGUUGGACCUUUGAAGAAGUGGGGAGGUUCGCCUACCCCCCACAGCCUUGCAGACUUUCUCAAUAGCUAUUUCAUGGAGCAUGCUGACCGCAUUCGGAACGAUGCCGACAACACUGUUUUGGUGGUUCCCAAAGAUGGGCCUGCAUCCGCUGAGAUGGUGGUGGAAGUUCAUUGGCAAUUUGCACUCGAAUACUUCGCCAGCACUGGUAGCUGCAUGGUGCCAACGAUGAAGGCUCAUCAGGAUUGGGCUGUGAAGCAGGCUCCCCCUAUCAGAUGCCUCUUCGUUCAUGCCCUCCGGUUGUGUCGCCGUAGCAGCUCAUCGAAGUCUUUGAAGAUCAAGAUGCUGAAGGAAUCGGUGGAAGUCAUCAUUUCCGCGUCAGGUCUAUUUUUGAGGUGUCUACUUUUUACAACCCCUGUUGCAGGAGAAUCUCCACAUGAUGGCAUCGAAGCAGCUCUGGCGAAUGCGUCUUUGCAGGAUGGUGAUGAGCAGGAUGUAUCGACUCCGUCUUCGUGCAGUGCUACACCCCCUUCUGUAGUGAAGGCCAAAGCGGCUCCCAUGCGUCGCUACAAAGUGAAGGCUCCUCAGGCCCCAAACCCUGAUGAGAUGGAAACGCAACAGCUUGUUGAUGACUUGGAAAAGCUCAUGAAUGAUGACCUUGUGUGUGACGAUGCUGCCCCAGAGGUGGCUGUGGAUCCCAAGGUGGAUGGUUACCGUCGUCAAGCUGCCAAGGAGAUGCAUUGCAUGGAAGCUAUUCCACCGGAGAUGCCCGACAAGACCGACCUUGAAAUGACUGAGCUCAUGGAGAACCCCCCUGAUGCUUACCAGGCACAGCUGGUGGCCGAGAAGGCAAAGAAGAUUCAGAAUGCAGAGCAGCUCCUGAAGAAUGCACAGAGUGAUGGGAAGGUGAAGAACAAGUUCUCGAAACCCGGUCGGGGGCGUGGAAAGGGUCGUGGGAGAGGCCGUGCUGUUGACAAUUCCGUGGCUGAUCCCAAACCUUCUGAACCUGCUGGUGAGAGCAAUGGGAAUGAUCCAAUCCCUGAACCAGAAGGGGGAGGUUCCGACUCUGGUGAGCCUGCUGGUGGGGACCCCAACAUUGAAGUGGCACCUAAAAAGGGGCGCAACUAUCUUACUCAGAGUGAAUUGCAAAAGAUGUGGUCUGAGAAGGCUCCCUUGCUUCGAGCGGCAGCUAUUCCUGUGCCUGCUGACUUUGACCCCACCAGCAAGAAGUCCUUCACAUUGCCCCCUCCAGAUGAUAAGAAAUGCGGGUCUGUAGGCAUUCUGUGGACGUUGGAUCAGAUCUACGUCUCAGCUGUGACCAACAAGGAAGCUGAUGAGUCCAUCCGGGUGAACAAGAAAGGAGGGUCGACGUUGUCAAUUCGAAAGAAGGGCUGGGCUGAAAACUUUACCUUAGCCAAGAAACUGGCAGGUUGGUGA